AUGGAUCUCCUCUCGACAGUCCGCAAAUCCGGCUCCCGCGGCGGCGUCAACUUCAGCUGGGACGACGUCUCGACAUCUACCCACCGCGAGAACUACCUCGGCCACAGCCUCAAGGCCCCCGUCGGCCGCUGGCAAAAGGGCCGCGACCUCAACUGGUACGCCAAGGCCGACGACGACAACGACCCCAACGCCGACCCCGCCGAGACGGACCAGGAGAAGAGCGAGCGCCUGCGCAGGGAGGAGCUGCGCAAGAUCAAGGAGGCCGAGGAGGAUGCCCUCGCCCGCGCCCUGGGCCUGCCCGUCGCCCAGCGGGACACCAGCGGCGCCAACGCCGUCGAGGUCGGCCCGUCGCGGAGGAUUGGUGCCGCGGGGCCGCCUGAGGAGGCUGCGCCUGUGAAGGCGGGCCUGCAGGUGAAGGAGGAUCGCAGGGAGGGGCGCGAGAGGAGGCACAGGGACCACGAUGAGAGGAGGGAAAGGCGGAGACAUCGCAGUCGGAGCCGCGAUCGGGAACGCGACGGGCGUCACAGACACAGGGAUGACGAGAGGCGGCACGAGAGGCCACGACGGACGGAUGAGAGGCGGAGGAGCCGCAGCCCUGAUCGCGAAAGGCGGCGACACCGUGACGGCGAUCGAGAUGAGGAUUCUUCUCGGCGACACAGACGAGACAGAGACCGCAGCCGCAGCCGCAGCCGCGACGGCGGCCGAGACAGGCAGCGGGAGAGGCGAGACCACAAGAGGAGCAGGAGCAGGAGUCGCGAGCACCACCGGCAACGACCAAGAGAGCAUCAACAAAACUCGAAAGCGCGGGAUCAGUAA